AUGUCGUCCAUGUCCAAGUUCACCCAGCGCAAUGUCUUCUACCUCCGUGCCUCGCCCUACGCCGUGCUCCAGACCAUCCUCUAUCUCGACCACCGCCACGUCGACUGGUUCAACGCCAACCCGCACAUACUCAAGAUGCUCCUCGCCGUCCUCAAGUCGCGCAUCAUGCCAAAGCUGCGCAGAGAGGCAGACAAGCAGGGCGCAAUCGCAAACAUGAGCAAAAAGGAAAAAGUCGACGUCUACAGCGAAAAAGACUGGCAGGUGGCCUACUUUUUCAGGAAAAUGGACGACCGCCAUGCCGUUCUGCUCAAGGAAAAGUCGCUCGUGUUCCCACAGGACCCGUCGCUCUCCGAGGUCAAGGUCGAGGAUGAAGCUGGCAACGUCCACGCACCCAUCCCCCACAGAAGCAGCAACCCCCACGCGCCACAGAGCGCCGCCGAAUUCGCCGCCGUCAAGCCAGAACCUGCCACCAGCGCACCCAUAAACGUCGAUGACGACGAUGACGACGAUGGCUUCGUCGAACCUUCCGCUCCUCGCCCGCCUCCCGCUCGCGGACCCGCAGCAGAGCCCGCCCGCUUGCCGCACGAGUCCGAUGAGGACGAGAGCGCAGGCCAACAAGGCGUCGAAGCCCUCUUUCGCGGAGGCUCGGUCUACGACGACGAACCCGACGGCCAGGCGCCUGCGCCCAGGCGCAGCAAGCGGCGUCGGCUCAACGAGCCCGUACAGAUCAAGGACGAGGCCGAGGAUGCGAGUCUCGCCGACUCACCCGGCCACAACGACGCCAUUGAAAUCACCCAGGACGACGAAGAAAAGAUGAAGCCCAGGCUGUCGGUCAAGUACGCCGGCUUCCGCAUCUUUGGCAAGCUGCUCGUCCUCGUCGUCGAGCCGACAAAGCGCUACAUCUCCGACCAUCCCGACCUCUUUGGCGAGAAAAAGACCGAAGAGCGGCGCCAGCUCUCCGUCGCUCCCGUCGCCGCGGGGGCUCUGGCGUCCAGCAGCCGCAACGGGCGCGCCGCUUCGACCCAGAGCCGCUUCACGUCAGUGGAGCCGUCCGCUCGGUUCAGCCGAAAUGCCAGCCUGGCACGCGGCUCGACACCGCUAUUCAGGGGCCUUACACCCGCCACCGAGGCUGGCACGCCCGCCCCGAUGCCAACCCUGCCCGGGCCAGACCAGUCCGCCUCGAUGCGGGAACCAUCCGAGGACAUUGCAGAGAGGCAAGAUGGCGAACUCGAGGGCUUCCAGCUUGCCACACAGAUGCUCGAAAGGGAAGGAUCGGUCCUCGGCACCGGAAAUGACCUCGACGAGGGCGAUUGA